AACUUAAGUGGUAGACUCUCUCUCUCUUCCACAUUCGAAGUCCACUUGAUCCCCCUCAAUAUGUUUAGAGUGACCGGGAUUCUUUCACCGGCGCCAUCUCCGGCGGCAGCAUGUGUCUCCGCCGCUCUGAGACUCUCCGCUGUUCCCACACUCGCUUUCGCAUCUCCUCCACAUCCCCGCUGGUUCUCGACCUUCUCCCGUUCAUUUCUCGGCGGACGGUUCUCUACGCUCCGGUCGCGCGUUCUUUCCCCGUACCAGAUUAGGCUCUCUGGCUUCUCGGCUCUCAAAGCGAGAGCUUCAGCUUCGUUUAGCAGUGGGAGUAGUCCAACUAGAGAGAUUCUGGUGCAGCAUGUGCUUGGGCAGGAGGGUGAUUCUGCGCUCUUUGCUGAGCUCCAGAAGAGAAUCUUGGAUGGAGAGGAUAUGAGUGAUCUUGCAGCUGAGUACUCUAUUUGUCCUUCCAAAAAGGAGGGUGGCUUACUUGGAUGGGUCAAACUAGGUCAAAUGGUACCAGAGUUUGAGGAAGCUGCGUUUAAAGCAGAGCUUAAUCAUGUGGUGACGUGUAAAACCCAAUUUGGCUGGCACUUAUUGCAAGUUCUAUCUGAGAGGGAACCUGUGAAAGAUAUCCAGGUGGAGGAGCUGCAUUCCAAAAUGCAAGAUCCACUUUUCAUGGAAGAGGCUCAGUUAGUUGACGUCAGAGAACCUGACGAGAUAGCCAAAGCAUCCUUGCCUGGAUUUCAAGUGUUCCCUCUCCGCCAAUUUGAAACCUGGGCGCCAGAAAUCACUUCAAAGCUGAACCCUGACAAGGAUACAUUCGUCAUGUGUAAGGCUGGUGGCAGGUCGUUGAAAGUCGCAAACUGGCUGCAGUCUCAGGGCUUCAAGAGUGUACACACUGUGGCUGGUGGAAUACAAGCUUAUUCUCUCAAGGUCGACCCAUCAAUCCCUACUUACUGAAACUAGAGCCUCAUCCUAUAAUUUUCUCUCUAUUUCUUGUAUUCUUAUUCCAAAUAAUUUCAAAUAUUAUAUAAUAUAAUGUUCAAAUUAGACAUUAUAAUAUACAAGCAACCUUCCAAAUU